AUGGAAGUCCUCAACGAGAUCUUCGAGUUCGUUUCUAACGGUGGACAUGAACUGAAACUGUCUGGAGGCGGCUCCAUCCAGCCAGAGCCUGUUGUUGUCGUCUCAGACAUGGGCUUGAACGAGCAGCUCGGCCCAACCUCUCAUAGAUUCGACCAAAGGCCGGUCUAUCGACGAUUCGAUAUCUACAGAGAUAGCCCCCUGACAUUCGACGUAACCGCAUCCUCCAUCCGAGUCUGUCCGGCUGGGGGGACAGCGGAGUUUUCUAGUCCAGCGUUUUACAGCCGACAACUGCUAUCUCAUGGUCCACCACAUGAUGUACCCAGCCCCUUCCAACUCUAUGUCGACAACUCGCCGCGCAAUGCUUCGAACCGGUUCUCUGCCAUACCAAUACCUGAUAUGGUGUCCCAAGUCCAGUUUCAGAGAAGAGACGUUACUCUUUCCAUGGACUGUUUCAUUGCCCAGGCAAACAUCUAUGAGUCACGGACGAUAUCCUCAAAUCUCCAAUAUUACCCAUACCAAGCACAGCAAAGAUUAGUGGGGUCUGUCGUCAUACGCCGGGAAUCGUGGAAACGCAGAUACCGAGUCGAUAUAGCUCGAUACCGUGAGGGAGGCGGGACACCCAUGGUACACAUUCUUUACUGGAAAGGCUCGAUGUCAGCAAAGUCUGCCGUACUAGGAGACAAGGGGAAUUCAAACACCGAUCUCAAGCUCGUGACAGCUAGCAACCCAUCUAGGGUCGUUGCAGUCUGGAAUAGCGGAAACGAAAGUCAACGGGGCGCAAUGGGAAGUUUGAGUAUCUAUGAGAGCAUUGAUUUCAACGAGGAAGGGAUACUUGUUGAACUAAUCACCAGCUGUCUGGCUGUUGUAACAGCAGAGCGGACUUCGUCCUCUGGAUUACUGGAUUGGCUUGCAAUAUGA